UUUCGUUUGGAUGACUCGUAGCAGAGGGGAAAAUGUCUCGCAGGUAUAUGGUUUGACGAAGCACGAUGCGUGCGGGGUGCAUGUGUGUGCGUAUCGUGUGAAUUUUCGCAGGUGGUGAUUUUUGGUGCUGGACAGGACUCCAAGAUACGCCGGUCGACAGACGGUAGUCGAAAAGAAGAGAGGCGAACUCGAGGCGCCGUGAUCGCGGGGCGUAUCCCAAAAUCGUGGGGGAGAAACGGCCCUUGGUUUGCUCGAGUAUUCUUCGCGAUACUGUGCGUCGCGUUUUUUCGUAUUCCGUGAGAGAAUCGUGCGUGUGUACGACACGCAGUCGAGUGAAAACAAAGUUGGUAGGGAAGGGUGUAUCAAGCUGAGGGAGAUCGAUUUGACACGACGACCACCGAGCUGAUUCAGCUUUGUGAACGAUGUCGGAUCGUUUGGCAACGAUUUACCAAGGAAUCGCGAAAACGUCGAUUUAAACGGUACACGCGAAUAGUCUCUACGUAACGAGCACAAAAUCUUUUUUUAUUAUCGUUGAUCGCCUUGACGUGAAUCACUGCCAAUGUGCAACUCGGCCGACGCUUCUUACGUACAAAAGUUAGGUUAUCUGCAUCUCGGGGAUGAACCUAGUGACGCCGGCGGUGCAUCGGGUACCGGUAGGCUCACGGGAUCACGACCUGAGGCCCAGGUACCCGUAUCGAGAAGUAUCGCCAACAGGAAUGAUGCCAGAGGACCUGGCAGACCAGUUGGUGCUAUUGAAAGUUUCAUCGAAGGCAACUCUGAGAGCUGUAGACAAGCAUCAAUGACCGACUAUAAGUUGUAUGAGCGUGAAAAUAUAAUAGCUGCAUCAAGGUUUGCUACGCCUAAACCUGUGGAGCAGAUAAGCGCUCAACAACACCAACAACAGAAUCAAAGUCGUAUGAGUCAUCAACAAGCACCAGUUUACGAAAACAUUGAUUAUUAUCCGCAGCAAAGUCAACCUCAUCCUCCUUACUAUCAUCCAGUGGAGUCGAGAAAAAGCCCUAAGAGUAGUCCUAGGGGUUCCGUGGCAAGUGAAUCCUAUGAACCUACUUUUAGAAAAGCACAACCACAAGUACCUACUGGAAAUCGAUAUCAAUCGAUAUCGCCAGCUAAAGAAUUGCCUCCAUACGAAGCACCUCCUGUUUAUGAGAAUAUUCAGGAGGUACACUUCACAGAGAAUACGCAAAAUAAACCUGGUCCUCAGGUUCCACCUAAUUAUUACCACCCAGCCACCAUCAAUGGAGGUGACUAUGUUGUUAUGACUGGAAAAGUAGGUCAAGCCCAAAAUCAACGUGGUAUGACACAAAAUUUAUCAUAUACGCAACAGAGAGGAAACAAUAUUCGUGGCCAAAGUUAUGACGGUUCCAAUUUACAACGUUCUGUCGAUUCCUCUGGCUCAAGGUACUUACAAGGAUCUUCUUCGUCAUUGGAUCACCAAGCUGGCAGAAGUGCUUACGUUCCACCAUCAGAAUUACAAACGCCAACCAGAAAUUUUAGUUAUAAUUCCGAGCAACAACAACAACAACAUUCUUCUAGGUCUGGACUUCCUUACCAUAGCGAAUCCCCACCAAUACGUUUACCUCCAGAGCCGCAUCAUUAUCGUGGUUCAUUGGAUAAUUCGAUAAGUGGACAACACGGAUUUAGAGCAACAAACCAUGUAGAAGGUGCACAGCAAUUACAAUAUCGUCAGGAUAGUCCUCAAAGUUAUAAGCCAUACAUGGAGUCGACAACACGAACCACGGGUGCAAAUAUUGGCGGAGAGACCCAAGCCAGAAACUCACCUGUCUAUGGUGUACGACAAGGUGAGCAAUCUGCUUGCCGUAAUCCUCCCUGUUACUCUCCAAGUAGGAUAUUACCACCAAACGAAAGGAACUACCAUCAUCAAGAAUCUAGGUCGGACUUUCCUGCUAGAAAUUCCCCAAUUUAUUCCUCUAACCGAUCGACAGAACACUUAAGACUAAGUAAUCUGCAGAAUGAUAGAAACUUCAUUCAGGAUGUACCUGAUCCUUUUGAAGCAAAAUCACCACCCAUGUAUUCACCCAAUCGCAGUGAUUCUUCCAGAAUAAUAGCUAACAAUAAUGGUGCGAGAGGCUCCCCAAAGACAAGUCCGACUCACAAUCAAAUACCAUCCGAUACUAUUGCACAGAAUGUCAUUAAUUCGCCAAGACAUGUGUUAUCUUCCUCGAACAAUACUAUUGGAAGUCCUCUUCGUGGUCAAGUACAAGCACCGGUAACUAGUGCUAUAACUACUGCCACUGACUCUGAUUCAAAUAUCCAUGGUCCUAGAAUUACUAGCCUUCCUCCGGGGGUGACUAGUGGUGUUGCUGGUCCAGUUUUUUUGAGUGCUGGGGUACCUGUAUUACAAAGGCCAUCAGAACCAGAACCAGAAGAAAGAAAGUCGGUUAGUCCACCAAUGAAACCUACAGCUGGGAAGGGACUGCUUCCCUUCAAUGUUAUACCACCCAGGUCUUCGGGACCCACCGAAGCGGAGAGAAAAAUAGAAGAGUUAACGAGACAACUGGAAGAAGAAAUGGAGAAGCAAGAAGAGGAAGGUGAAUACUUCGGUAUUUGUCACACAUGCGGUGAAAAAGUUACUGGCGCAGGUCAGGCUUGCCAAGCCAUGGGUAACCUUUACCACACGAAUUGCUUUAUAUGCUGUUCCUGUGGAAGGGCAUUGCGCGGUAAAGCGUUUUAUAAUGUACAUGGAAGGGUUUACUGCGAGGAAGAUUACUUGUACUCUGGCUUCCAACAGACAGCCGAGAAAUGCGCGAUCUGCGGUCACCUGAUCAUGGAAAUGAUAUUACAAGCGAUGGGCAAAUCUUAUCAUCCAGGAUGCUUUCGAUGUUGCGUCUGUAACGAAUGUCUUGAUGGUGUUCCUUUCACGGUCGAUGUUGAUAAUAAAAUUUAUUGCGUUAAUGAUUACCAUAGAAUGUUCGCCCCUAAAUGUGCUUCUUGCGGAAAGGGAAUCACUCCAGUUGAGGGUACCGAGGAGACUGUGAGGGUUGUUUCCAUGGAUAAAGAUUUUCACGUGGAUUGUUACGUUUGCGAGGAUUGUGGUAUGCAAUUAACCGACGAACCGGACAAACGAUGCUACCCACUCGAUGGUAGGCUUAUGUGUCGUGCGUGCCACAUCCAACGCAUAUCCCACAUGCAACCUAGGGCACCGCAGCCAGUAUCAGCUAGCUAUCAAUUUAUGGGAUAAGUUAGGCGAGUUCCAUUAUCUAAGCAUUUCGCCGAAUAUUUAGAAGUGAACUAUGCACGUAUCGGUCAUCCGUUAAUUGACCGAACGAAGCUUUGAUUACCGCGGUGAAACUAACUUGUCCAUUGGUUUAUACGGUAUAAAUUAAUAGAAAAGACAGGUACCGAUUUACAUUCUAAUCAAUCAGCGUCUGCGAAAGUUAUAGCUUUAUUGUUCCUCUAAAUGAGAGGUUAGGAUAAUAUACCAAGACUGGAUAUUUACAGAACCGAAAUACUUACACUGCCCAUCGGGAUCAUCUCUAGAUUAUUCAGGUCUAAUUAAUAUCAUGAUCGAUCGAUGAUCUAUUUGAUAUUUUUAGCAAUAUAUUGUCGCUAUUUGUGACAAGUUUCCAUUGACAGCUACUAAUAUAGGUAAGUGGUAUAUUUAAUAUAUGUGGUCUUAUUUAUUUGUCCAAGGUACUGCACGCGAACGCGGUGGCCUCGUUAGGAUGAGCGAGUUGCGUAGGCAACUGUGAUAUAUUAGCAUAAUAAUGUCAUUAAGAAAUAAUUCCUUUACUUUAAUUUAUGUACAUAAAAUAUAUAUGUAUACAUAAUCAUAAUGCUGUGACGUGUCCACUGCGACAAAGGUCGACAGUAGUAUAUGGAUCUCAACAAUCGAGACCUAAGAUUUCUGGAUACGUUCGAUACCGAAAUUUUAUGAUGAUAGUACAUCGUAACAUACGCGAUGUAUCAUAUUUGCUAACAGUAUUUAUUAUGACAAUAUACUGGGUAUCGGUCAUUAGUACGAAAACAUUCGAAACACUCUUGAGAUUUAUCGAUAUUGCUCAGGAAUUAACGAAAUGAUUCACAAUUAUACGAAUGUUAUCGCUGAAGCUCAAAAUUAUGAGAAUCACGUGCUUGAACGAAUAGAGAUAUCAAAUAAAAUUUGGUGCAUUAUCGUGAAUAAUUUUACGGCGUUACAACGCACAAUUUGUGCUGCCAACAAAUUUGCUACAUGUCAAGGUUAAUCAAUAUCUAUGUGACUAGGUUAGGUUUAAGCUGCGAGUA